GCGCGCGCGCACCUAUAUAUCCAGCCGCGCGCUGCUUCGCUCCGAUUCGAAGCAGACACGGCCCUCGCACGCACCCCAGGUCGAUCGCCGGAACCGACGCGACGCUCGAUAGCCGAUACGGCGGCCGCGAUCGGCGAUCCUAACCACCCACCCACGAGCUGAUCGGAAAACCUCCUUGCUGUGAGUUAGUACUGCCACCAAUCGACAAUGAAGCUCUUCAUGUGCUUCGGCGGUGCGGCGGCCGUGGCCGACGACGAAGCGGCGGCGGGAGCUGCGGCUCGCCGCCGGGACCAGCGAGGCCGCCGGAGCCUGUCGUUCCGGGGGAAGUUCUUGUCUGGUAGCAAGGGAAGCAAGAAGAAGUCACCGCCGGGCGAGUCCAAGAAGCGCGGGAUGGACGCGGACGACGACGUCGUGUUCGGCCCGUCCACGGCGUCGUCGGUGGCGUCCUCGGCGCUGCUGAGCUCCGCGGCGUCGUUGGACUCGGGCUACUCCUCCUCCUCCUCUCGUUCCUCCACCGCCUCGUCCUCGGCGUCCGUCUCGGGGGUGCUUUUCCCGCCGGCGGUGGUGAAGCGUCGGCAGCAGGCGAAGAAGGGUUCGUCCCCGGCGGCGGGCGCGGCGGCCGUGGUCCUGUGCCUGCUGAUGGUGGUGUUCUGCGGCCGGGUCGGGGCCACGCUGCUCACGUCCACGGCGCUCUACCUUUUCCCGCGGCGAUGGCCCGCGAGGCCGACGCAUGGGAGGAAGGAGAAGGACGGCGUCAACUCGCUGGAGUCCGACGCCGAGGAGGAGACUAUGGCGAGGAGGAAGGUGGUUACGGAUCAGGGGCUCUUGAUGAGGAACCGCAAGAAGUGAUGAACUGAUGAUACCGUAGUUUCUUUUUUUUUCUACUUCCUUUUUGUUCGGAUGAGAAGGAAGGGUUUUGCACUAACUAAUUGUUUUUAUCCAAGAGUUUACUAUGUAUGUAAUUAUAUCAUCUGCGGACAUAAUGUAUAGCCAAACUUACACAAAGAUAGUUUGUACCAGUGUGAUAUUUCUGUAACAAAACCGAUGUUGAAAGGUAAAAAAAGCUGAAACUUGUGUUAA